AUGAGCCUUGAGAGUUUAGCUGAUUCGUUUCCCAACCAAUGGAGUAAGCGAAAUGCCUGGAUCAAGAAUCCCAGCGACAACAACCAGUCGGUCCGCAUCAGCUACAUCGAGUGCGCACCGCCAACAACCAGUGAUCCAAAAGGGAAUAUUUUAUUGAUCCACGGGUUUCCACAAACUUCGUAUCAAUUCCGGCAUGUGAUAAAACCUCUCGCCGAGGAGGGUUUUCGAAUUAUAGUGCCCGACUAUCGCGGGGCUGGUCAAUCAUCACAUCCCGCCCAAGAUUUUAGGAAACAGACAAUGGCGCGCGAUCUUUUCUCUCUGAUCCAUGAUCAUCUCGGUAUUACGCAGGCAAUUCACGUGGUCGGGCAUGACAUUGGGGGCAUGAUUGCCCAUGCAUAUGCCACGCUGUAUCCCAACCAUGUGGCGAGUGUCAUUUGGGGUGAAUGCCCGCUUCCUGGCACUUCUAUCUACGACAAGAACAAAAGCAUGCCUGAACAAUUUCACUUUGUAUUCCACAGUGUGCCUGAUGAUUUGGCGCUUUCCCUGGUGACUGGAAGGGAGAAGAUAUACCUGAACCAUUUCUUUUCUAAACAGAGCUUCAACGCUCAAGCGAUAUCUCCUUUUGACUUGGACUUCUACACUCUACAAUACUCGCAGCCGGGAGCACUACGAUGUUCCUUUGAAAUUUAUCGGGCAUUUGAAGAAGAUGCUCGAGAAAAUCUGGAAAGCUUGCGCCUCAAAGGAAAGUGUACCCGACCUGUGCUCAUCCUUAGUGGCUCACAGAGCCGGCAUGCUCACGAGGCCAGAGAAAUGGUCGAAGAAGUUUAUGCUGGAGAUAUUCAGAUUGCAGAGGUCAAAGACUCCGGUCAUUAUAUUGCAGAAGAGAACCCAGACGGCUUUGUGCAGGCGGUGUUGGCCUUCAUACACUCUCAUGCGGCUGUGGAGUGA